UACAUCUGGUACAUUUUAUCAGAGCUUGGAGGCCAAUGUACCUGGGGUAAAAUACCAAUUGAUUUACUUUGCUCAGCUCUGGAUAAUUGCGUAACUUUAAGUUUGGGGCGUACUGUGGAAUUGACUCCACAAAUAAGUAUGAGCCCAGGCUUCAUAGAGCCAACAUUUCUCUUGGAUGGCAGUUGCUUGACAUUUUGCUCUCAAAAGGCAUAUGCUACAGGUUCAUAUGAGCUACGAGCAAGCAUAGAUGCACAAGAUGCUGGUGCAAAAGACAUGAUGGGAGACAAGGUGGGGACAGAAACCAAUGGACACUCCUGGACGUGUUCAUGUGUUGAUCAGAUCAUUGCGUGUUUUUUGCGUGGUGAUUUGACGGCUUGGAAGAGUGUCAAAUCGAUACUUAGGUUAAGAACAGGGAAUGUACUCUUUAACUACAAGCACUGCAAAAAGUUCCUAAAAAGUGAAGUUACGGAAGAUUUUUCUUGCUCAUUUUGCUUGGUACAGUGUGGAAGCUUCAAGGGUCUGGAAUAUCAUUUAACCUCAUCACACGAGCUGUUCCACUUUGAAUUCUGGGUAUCUGAAGACUACCAAGCUGUUAAUGUAAGUCUGAAGAUUGAUACCAGGCGAGCGGAGCUUCUAACUACUGCAGGAGAUGACCGAAGCAAGAGAGUAUUUCUCUACCGAUCAAGGUUUAAGAAGAGGUGUAGAAGAUUAGGAACAACAAUCGAGAAGACCAAGCAUGUACAUCCCCAUAUCAUGGAACCAGGAUCACCUCGAAAGACUGUUCCUGUGGACAAAGGGAUUUCUGUGGUGCAAACAUCAAUUGAUUCUCAUCCAGCAUUGCAUUGUAACAAUCAGUUAACACCAGCAGUUCCACUGUUUGGGAAGACAACGAAGCUAUCCAUUGAUCGAGCUGACCCCAGAAAUCGUCUACUGCUGGAACACCAGUUCUUCCAUUCUCUGAAGGCACAGGUGAUUGCAAUUAUGCAACACUUAGCUAUCUUUCUGUAUGUGAUUGAGCACACUAUGUGUAUGCUUGUUCUAUGUAUUCAAUCUUUGUCCAGGAUGGUAUGGUACAUUAAAGCAUGCUACUCGGAAUUUUGUUUCGUCAGGGAAGAGCCAUUGGAACAAAAAGUUGUCUUGUAUCCCGGAGAUACAUAUUCUGGUUUUCAUACUGUAAACAUUAACUGCAGGGUACUAGCCGAUGGUCAUAUACGUUGGGCUUGUGACGCAUUCUCCCGGCAGCAUGGACAAGAGCUCGUGCAAAACCCUGCUCUGCGAUGGUGUUGGCGACUCGUUAUGAUCAAGCUCUGGAAGCACGGUCUGCUAGAUGCCCGCACCAUGAACGCCUGCAACAAGUUUCUCGACGAUUUGGAAAGCGAAAGCUCCUGCCCCAAGCAAACGUGAUUCGUAGAAAACAUCAGCCAACUUGAGCAGGGCUGGGCUGGGUCCAUGGAUGGUCAUGCUUGUGGUGGUGCGACGUGGCAUUUUUUGGGUUGACGGUCACAGAAUUACAGUUCGGCGACAGUGAUUUGAGAUAAGUUGGCUUGGCAGAGUUGUGGCGUUAUGCGCUUUUGACUGAUGUUCUGUUUUCUGUUUCAAAUUUUUUUUUGUCGCAUUCUCUCUGCUACUAACUUGUUUCAUGCAUUGGCUGAAACAGUUACGAACAGUGCAACCUGGCUGCCUAUUUGCGCGUGUGCAGAAACAAAGAGAUUGAAUCUGUUGUAGACUUGUACAGUAGUAUAGAAGGAUCAAACAAUAUAGAAGGUCGUGCACAUAUGUGAUAGUUCUCCGAAUCAAAGGGCAAUUCAUAAAUUUAUAAUGAGUUGGGGUGGUUUUUUUGCGAGUUAAUAA